AUGAUGGCCGAGAACACGGUCCCUUGCCGAUCUGGCCUGGGUGCCCAGCCCUCGGGGGUGGGGCUGCGGGAGACAGAGGAGCAGGUCAGAGGCCUCAAGAGGCUGGACUUAGGGUACCUGACAGUCAACAUUGAGCCACUCCCCCCUGUGGUGGCUGGGGAUGCCGUGACCUUGAAGUGUAACUUCAAGACGGACGGUCGCAUGCGAGAGAUCGUGUGGUACCGGGUGACGGAUGGUGGCACCAUCAAGCAGAAGAUCUUUACCUUUGAUGCCAUGUUCUCCACCAACUACUCGCACAUGGAGAACUACCGCAAGCGGGAGGACCUGGUGUACCAGUCCACCGUGAGGCUGCCUGAGGUCCGGAUCUCGGACAACGGUCCCUACGAGUGCCACGUGGGCAUCUACGACCGCGCCACGAGGGAGAAGGUGGUCCUGGCGUCAGGCAACAUCUUCCUCAACGUCAUGG